UCUAAAAGUUCUUUUUUGAUUGGCAUGCAUCGCGGAAAGCGGCUGUCUAUUCAAUUUUUCACGUUUAUCUAAGUUAAUACAUGAAAAAGUGCAACGAUGGCAGUUCCCGCAGAAGUUAAAAUAAUAGCAAAUUCAUUGGUUUAUCAGUAUCUACAGAUUGUAGAUAAAUCAUUAGCAGAACAGUUUCAAAAAAAGACUAAAGCGAAACCUCCAGCAAAGAAUCUGUCUGCAUUGAUUGACAUUAUAUCUCAAUACACGAAAAAUAAGGUGCCGCAGAAAGCUGCUGACAGUUCAGAUGACUCAUCUAGUGAAGAAGAGGCCCCUAAAAAAGCCAUCCCACAAGUAAAUGGCAAGGCUCCAGCAAAGAAAACAGCGAACUCCGAUUCAGACAGCUCAUCUGAAGAUGAGAAGCCACAGGCUAAACAAGUUAAACCCCAAGCCAAACCCCAGGUGGUAGUAAAAAAAGCAGAGUCAUCUGAUGACAGUGACAGUAGUGAUGAUGCUGCUACCACUCAACCUAAAAAGCAGCCAGUUAAGCCACAGCCUAUUUCAAAACCAACUCCUGCUAAAAAGCAAUCAUCUUCAGAUGACAGUGACAGUGAUGAGGAACCAAAGAAACCGGCACAGGUCAAAACACCAGUCAAACCAGCAGCUGCACCAGCCAAAUCUGCACAAAAAAAACAAGAUUCAUCUGAUAGUGAUGAUAGCAGUGAAGAUGAAAAGCCAAAACUCAUGGCCCCUGUUAAGCCGCAAGUGGCAAAUGCCAAGGCUUCAGUAAAGAAACAAGCAUCUUCAUCAGACAGUGAUGAUAGUGAAGAUGAGAAGCCAAAAACUCAAACAAAAGCACCAGUCAAGCCUCCAGUUAAACCAGCCGCCAAGAAGCAAGAAUCGUCAUCUGAUGAUGACAGCAGUGAUGAUGAACCUCCUGCAAAGAAGGCACAUCCUGCAAAACCUCAAACACCAGCCAAACCUCAAACACCUGCUAAACCGCAACUAGUAAAAAAACCUGCAGAUUCUUCAGAUGACAGUGAUGACAGUAGUGAAGAUGAGAAACCUAAAAAAGCUGUCCCCAAGCCUGAGGCUACACCUGCUAAACCGGCUGCUAAAGCUGUUGUAAAAAAAGAUUCAUCAGAUGAUAGUGAUGACAGCAGUGAAGAUGAAAAGCCAAAAGCUGCUACAAAGACUCCAGUAAAACCACAAGCUAAACCAGCUGCUAAAGCUCCCGUGAAGAAAGAUUCGUCUGAUGAUAGUGAUGAUAGUAGUGAAGAUGAGAAACCUAAGAAAGUAGUUCAAAAACCUGUGGCUACACCUGCUAAGCCAGCUGCUAAAGCCGUUGUAAAGAAAGAUUCAUCAGACGACAGUGACGAUAGUAGUGAAAAUGAAAAGCCAAAAGCUCAAGUAAAGACUCCAGUAAAACAACAAGCUAAACCAGCUGCUAAAAAAGAUUCCUCGUCUGAAGACAGUGAUGACAGCAGUGAAGAUGAGAAGCCAAAACAAACAAAAGCUACCCCAGCUAAAGUUACACCUAAAAAACCUCAAGCAGAUUCAUCAUCGGAUGAUGACAGUGAAGAAGAAAAGCCUAAACAAAAAACACCUGUCGCUAAGAAACCUGUACAAAAUGAAUCAUCAGAUGAUAGUGAGGAUGAUGAUGGACCCCCAGCAAAGACUCCUAAAAAAGAAAAUCAAGAACCACAAACUCAGAUGAAUGGUUUCCAGUCCGGAAAGAAACGAAAAGCUUCUGGAGGAGAUGACGGUCCAGCCAAGAAACCGUACAAUAAUUUCGUAAAGGGCACAAUUAACUCUUCAACUCCCAAUAUGAAAGACAAAGAAUCUUCAAGUAAGCCAGUGCCGUUUAGGCGAGUGGUGGACGAGAAAAUAGAAGUGGAUCCUAGGCUUAAGGAUAAUUCCUUUGAUGCAAAGAGUGGAGCUCGUGGUUCUUGGGGUGAGCGUGCCAACAUUGACUUAAAGCAUACGAGGGGCAAGUCUUUUAAGCAUGAAAAGACGAAGAAGAAACGAGGCUCCUACCGCGGCGGCGCCAUCGAUACCGGUGUUCAUUCCAUCAAAUUUGAGGAUUAAAUGAAAUCAGCUCAUUAUUUAAUAGUAUUAAGCAAAAACAUCCGUAUCCAGUGCAAAUAUUACGUAAUUCAGUAUUUGUGACGAAGUACCAGCUAGCAUUUACUGUAAUAUAUUUGUAACUAAUAAUUGUUCCAUCGUUCUUUGUCAUUUCAACUGCGUGUGGAAUUUGCCUAAAAGUUAAAUCAGUGGUCGGCAGUCUUAAUACUGUAUGAAUCAUUGUACAAUUCUAUGAUUGCAUUAUUGUGACAUUUUGUUAGAAAGUUAUAAUUUUGUUUAUUUUAUAGGUAAUUAAUACCUAAAAUUGUUUUAUGUAAUGUAAUUCUAAAAUUCUAUUAAAUUUAGGAGUGUUUUAGUUACUCUGUAAAAAUAGUAACUAUAGUCAUGUUCAAAAAUUUCUACUCUGGCACUUAAACUAAGACCACCUAACUUUAUUAAAUGACUUAUCAAGUUAAGGGACAUAAAUAAUUCAUUUCUACAUUUAUAUUAAGAAUAUGAUUUUCAGACUUAUUUUUAUAUUGUAAAUAUUGCUUAGUUUUAUGGUGACUGCACUCGCUAUAAAUAAUAAUAACAAUAAGUUUUUGACAUUGUAUUGUGGCGCAUUGUAGCAGAUUUUUAUUUGUACAUAAGUGACCAAAUGUAUAGUGUAGCGUUACAUGUUUUUUUAAAUGUAAACUAAAAUUGCUAUACUAUGUAUUUGGCUAGUAAGUAUAAUUUCCUAGGUUUACAUGCCGCCUUAAAUAAACUUAUUA